UUUUUAUAAAAAAUUUUUACAUAUAUAUAAAGACAGAAAGCCAAUUUCUAGCACAAUUUUUCUUUUAUACGAAAUUGUUGCCCUAUAUAAAACCUAUUACUCGAAUAUAAUAAUAGAAAUAAUAAAACAUGGUUGCUUCAAGCUUCAUUAAAAUAUUUUCUAUCGUUGUGCUAGUUGCUCUCAAAGUCUCAGCUCAAAGAGAAUGUCCUUCAAUUCAAGUCGAAGAUAAUACCACCGAAAAAAAGAGGUUUAUUGUUAUUUUUGAUAAAGAAGUUAAGAAUGCUGCCGAAGAUCAUUAUGAAAUGAUGAAAGAAUGCUAUAAAACACGUGUUCAAAGUAUCAUUAAAGCUGAUGAAAGUAAUGAUAGUACUGUGUUUGAUCAAAGUGCUAUUAGGGAUUUUUCUGUUGAUGGAUCUAUACAAGGAUAUACCUCAUAUUUUACACCUGAAUUUGCAAAAGCAGUUGGAAAUAUGAAAAAUGUUAAACUUAUUGAAGAGGAAAGAAAAGUUAAAGUAGAUGUUCCUCAACGUUUUAGUAAACGUUAUUUUAUAAAUAAACGUGCAGAAGACGAUGAAGUAGGACCGAACCUUGAUCGUAUUGAUCAAGCUAAACGUCCGCUGGACGGAAAAUUUAUUUACCCUGAUUCAGCUGGAAAAGGUGUAAAUAUUUUCAUCGUUGACAGUGGUAUUUUACUUACACAUGAACAAUUUAAUGGUCGUGCCAAAUUUGGACGUUCUUUCUGUGGAAAUUGCACAAGAAAUGUUAUAUAUCAUCAUGGUACUUUUGUUGCUAGUGUUGCUGCUGGAAACAGUGUAGGAGUAGCAAGAAAAGCCAAUAUUAUUGAUGUUAGAGUUUUAGAUGCUGAAGGUGAAGGUUCAACUGCCAAUAUGAUUGAAGGUUUAUGCUUUAUAAUUAAACAACACAAAAAUGGUAAAAACAAGAAUUCAGUUGUUAACAUGUCUCUUGGAACAGAUUCUGUAUCACGAGCUUUAAAUCAUGUUGUCAAAGAAAUUACUGAUGCUGGUAUUCACAUGGCUGUUUCUGCUGGAAAUGCAUUUUCUGAUGAUGCAUGUAAAAUAUCACCUGCAUCUGCACCUUCAGCCAUUACAUCAGGUGCUACCGAAGGAACAAGUGAUGCAGUCACAGAUUUCUCAAACAUUGGAAAAUGUGUUGACAUUUUUGCUCCAGGUCGUAAUGUUUUAGGUGCUGGUAUUGGCGAUAAUGAUUCAUAUAGAGUAUCUUCUGGUACCUCUUUUUCUUCUCCACUUGUUGCUGGUACAUUAGCUCUUUUAAUUUCCAAGAGUGGUAAUAAACCACCAGCUGCAUUAACAGAAGUUCUUAUUAAAUUAUCAACGAAAGGAGUUAUUACUGGUCUUAAAAAGGGUUCUCCAAACGCCCUUUUACGUAUUCCAGCUCCAUAA